AUUUUGUUGGCACUUUAACCUAUGAUGAAGACAACAGUCUAAAAUCUUGACCUUUCGAUGAUUUCGAAUCCAAGGGUUGCAGUAUAUUCGCCUUCCCGCCGAUGGUAGUACUUGGCCACCUCUUCUCUAUCAAGUGCAAAUUACCCCAUUUUCUUGGUGGGUUCCUCUUCCUUCCAUCUGAAUUGUGGAGAAUUCUUUCCUUUUUGGGUUCGCAAUUACAGCAAAUUCGGUCUCAAAUGGUAGUUGCAGGUUUUAUCUAAAGAAAUGAAGACAGACUGGCUUAGUACCCUUUUGGAUUGCAAAUUCUUUGGUUCUUGCAUUCAUCAUAAAGAGCUUCACAAAAAUGAAGAAAACGUGUUUUGCAUCGUUUGUAGUCUGGGAUGUUGUAGACAUUGUAUGGAAGCUCAUCGCUCCCACCAGCAGCUUCAAAUCUGCAAAUAUGUCUACAAUGAUGUCGUCCGCCUUCAAGAAAUACAGAAACAUCUUGACUGCUCAAAUAUUCAGACAUAUAAAAUCAAUGGCAAAAAAGUCGUGCAUCUCAAUUCUCGUCCUCAAUCCAAAGAUACGAAAUCAUCAACUAAAUACAAGUCUGGUUGUGCUUGCGAAGGUUGUGGGAGAUUCCUACAGGACCUUCCUAGUUACUUCUGUUCCGUUGCAUGCAAGGUCUCAGCCGUUUCAGUGAAGCCCAAGGAUCAAAGCCAAGACUUGAUCCCCGCCCUAAUUCCAGAAAUUGACAUGUCUUCGAAGGAAAACUCUCAUCAAGAAACAAACACAAAUGAAAUGGAAUCAUCAAUAUCAGUGGCUGAUUCAUCUGAGGAGAUAAAAGCUGGGGUAAGUUCGGCUUUGAAGCCAAGGAAGCCAAGGCAUAAGAGGAAAGGUCUCCCUAGGAGGGCUCCUCUGUUUUGAUCCUAAACAAAAUCAAUGUUCCAUCCUUCCUUUUCAUUGCUUUCAUUUCUCAUACAAUCUCUGUCCACUUUCAUUUGUCGCUUCUACAAUUUUGGUUUUAUUAACGCUCUAAAACAGAAAUACAGCAGCUUCUAAAAUUCCAAACGUAAAAUCUCGCCCAUGUAAACCCCAAGUUGGGAUUUAGUUGGGUUAGUUGGGAGGGGAGAGCCCCACAGUGAAUAAUUUUCUUGGUCCCAAAAAAAUGGUAAAAAUGAGAGUGAUGGUUGCUGUGUUAUUGACAUGAGGCAUUUGGUUGAUAUUUGUAUUUCCUAAGGUGGACUGGACUUGCAUAUUCUUCGUCGGAAUAAAAAUGGGUAAUUCAAUAA